AUGCUUCUACGAUUCAGAUCUAAAAGGGGAACAAGCAGAGUUGAAUGCCUGGAAACUGAAUUGUUUCGUGAUGUGCUUCAGCGUUGGUCACAGCAGAACAAAGUUACUGUUGAUCUAGGUUUGAUAUCAAUUGCUAAAAUGGAUAACCCCACAGAAUAUAUCCAAGCAGGUAAUGUGGCUGAUCAAACUGUAAGUUCGCUAAGUUUAAAGCAUGGAGAUAUGCUCUUCUUGCGUUACCAGGAACUAGAAUCAUCUUCUGAAGGUUCUACCGAGAUUACGCAAGGAAGUGUCUCUUUCAAGAACGCUGGUACCAGUCCAUCGAAGACCGUUAUGGAGUUGCCCGUAGACCAGGAAAUAGAAAAAAUGGAUGGUCUAAUCCCUCGUAGUAGGUCUAAGUUCUGUAAGCACGGUGAUAAGGGUAUGUGCGAGUACUGCUCGCCUUUGCCCCCCUGGGAUAGGACCUAUAAACAGGAAAACAAUAUCAAACACAUUGCAUUCCACUCUCAUGUGAAAGAACUAAAUGAGAUCACAAAUAAGAAGUCCAGCGGUAGCUCCUAUAUUCCGCCUUUAUCGCAGCCUGAUUUCAAAGUUCGAAAUAACUGUCCUUCCGCACAUGCUCCUUGGCCUAAGGGCAUUUGUUCCAAAUGCCAGCCAUCGGCAAUCACGUUACAGGUUCAGGAGUUCAGAAUGGUGGACCAUGUCGAGUUUCAAAAGGGAGAAUUGAUAAACGAGUUUAUAGAAAGCUGGAGAAGCACUGGGCUCCAACGCUUCGGUUACCUUUACGGUAGCUAUACUCACUAUGACAAUACACCAUUAGGCAUUAAGGCUGUGAUUGAAGCCAUUUGGGAGCCACCGCAAAGCAACGAGCAAGACGGGCUUACAUUUGAUGUAGAGACAGUAGAGAAAGAAUUGCAACAUGUCAAUGCUCUAGCAGAGGAGUUUGGGUUGAUGCAAAUAGGCAUGAUCUUUACUGACCUCACUGAUGCCGGAAACGGUGAUGGUUCCGUUUUCUGCAAGCGCCACAAGAACUCAUUCUUCCUCUCAUCUCUAGAGGUCAUAAUGGCGGCUAAACAGCAGCUAAAGCACGCAAACCCCAGCAGAUUUAGCCAACAGGGCUACUUCUCCUCGAAGUUCGUCACGUGCGUCAUCAGCGGCAACCUAAAAGGCGAAAUCGAUGUCUCAGCCUACCAGGUCUCCACCGAUGCAGAAGCUCUAGUCGAUGCAGACAUGAUCAGCGGUUCUACGCACCCUUCCAUGGCCUAUAUAAAUGACACCACAGCCGUUCGAUACGUCCCUGAGAUCUUCUACAUGCGCAAAAACGAGUAUAACAUUACCGUAAAAGAAAACGCAAAACCCGCAUUCCCCGUGGACUACCUCAUCGUCUCCCUCACCCAUGGUUUCCCCCUUCAUGACGACAACUCAUCUCCCAUUUUUUCGACUACGUCCGGUUUUCCGUGGUCGAACAGGCAGUCCAUGGGUCUUUCGCAAGAUUAUUACGAACUGAAAAGAUAUCUAUUCGCCAUAGCGACCGGAAACGAUAUCAAUCUACUCCAAUCUAAGCUAUCAAACUUCCACAUGCUACUCUACGUAAGCACAUUACAAGUUCUAAACCCUCAGGAGUGGAAACUACUAGUGAAGGCUGCGACUGGUCCACAAGAGCAUAGACAAGAAGCACUACUAGAGCUAACAUCCACACCAGGCUGGCAGACCCUGCUAAUGAUCAUGCAGGAGACUGUUUGA